AUGAAGAUUGAAGAAGUUAAGAGCACGGCAAAAACUCAAAGAGUUUCAGCACAUACACACAUCAAGGGUCUUGGACUUGAUGAAAAUGGAAUUGCGAUACAAUCAGCAGCGGGACUUGUUGGUCAAGAAAGUGCACGAGAGGCUGCGGGUAUUGUUGUGGAUUUAAUUAGAUCCAAGAAGAUGGCUGGCCGCGCUGUCUUGCUUGCUGGUCCACCAGGUACUGGAAAAACGGCAAUAGCAUUAGCAAUAGCCCAGGAACUGGGUAACAAAGUGCCAUUUUGCCCAAUGGUUGGAUCAGAGGUCUACAGUUCAGAAAUAAAAAAAACCGAGGUAUUGAUGGAGAACUUCCGUCGCGCUAUUGGACUGAGAAUCAAAGAGACCAAGGAAGUUUACGAGGGUGAAGUCACUGAGCUUACUCCAGUUGAGACAGAGAACCCAAUGGGUGGCUACGGCAAGACUGUCUCACAUGUAAUCAUUGGGCUGAAGACCGCCAAGGGUACAAAGCAAUUGAAGCUGGAUCCUUCAAUUUAUCAGUCGCUCCAGAAGGAGAAAGUUGAGACCGGUGAUGUCAUUUACAUAGAGGCUAACAGCGGUGCCGUAAAAAGACAGGGUAGAAGUGACAAUUAUGCGACAGAGUUUGAUCUUGAAGCUGAAGAAUAUGUUCCUCUGCCGAAAGGAGAUGUUCAUAAAAAGAAAGAAGUUGUUCAGGAUGUUACUCUUCAUGAUUUAGAUAUUGCUAAUGCUAAGCCGCAAGGUGGUCAAGAUAUUAUGUCGAUGAUGGGGCAAUUGAUGAAGCCUAAAAAGACAGAAAUUACUGUAACAGAAGGACUGCAAAUAGAAGACGAAGCCUUAACGGCUCUGGGUGAAUUAGGAACUCAAACUACUCUCAGAUACGUCGUUCAAUUGCUUACUCCGGCGUCAUUGACAGCUAAAAUCAACGGAAGAUCAACUAUUAAGAAAGAAGACAUACAAGAAGUUGCAAAUCUUUUCCUUGAUGCUAAAAAGUCAGCUAAAAUUCUUACCGAUAACAAAGAUAAAUUCAUG